AUGAUAAUUCAAAGUAAUAUCGUAUCACGCAGCCGAAAUAAAACAUGCAGACUCCUGUCAAUUUUGGAUCGAUUCCAGCAGCACUCUCAUCCUGGAAAUUCACGGAACUUCAACGCAGGAGCGCCUAUUCAAACACCAACACCGAUAAAUACUAAUCUCAGAUCUUUCACAAAUGACCUAGAUCUCAUAUGUCCGAGUUUUAGGAUAGAUAGUUCACAGAUAGAGAUUUUGUCCACUCCAACUGAGUUUUACAGCAAUCUAAAGGCUAAGAUUCUUGGUGCGGAGAAGCGUAUCUUCUUGACAACCUUAUAUAUAGGGGCAUCUGAAAAAGAACUAAUUUCGUUACUUCAGAAUGUAUUACGAAGAAAGCCAGAUCUGAAAGUGAGUAUUCUUACCGACGCAUUACGAGGAACGAGAGAGUCACCGGCUAUAUCAUGCGCAAGUCUAAUCGCACCGUUGGCACUCGAGUUUGGCCAUUUAAGAGUAGAAUUACGAAUGUACCACACUCCUAACUUAGUGGGAAUAAAGAAACGAUAUCUUCCAAAGCGAAUUAACGAGGGCUGGGGACUUCAGCAUAUGAAGCUCUAUGGAUUUGACAACGAAAUAAUAAUUUCCGGUGCUAAUCUUUCCCAUGACUACUUCACAAACCGGCAAGAUCGAUACCACAUAUUCUAUUCUGAAGAGAUCGCUAAUCACUUUUAUCGACUUCACAUGAUUAUCUCGAGCCUCAGUUAUUUAGUUAAACCAGAUUCGGAGCUAGCCGCGGGAUACUCGCUUGAAUGGCCAGUAUCGAACACUGUACCGUCACCACUUUCUUCUCCCACUGAAUUUGUUAAUAGAGCCUCCAAUCUACUUCUACCAAUUAUCCGACCCUCAGAGGUACUAAGAGCUCCAAAACAUGAAUCUGACACCAUCGUAUAUCCUCUAUCCCAACUUACGUCGCUAUUUCCCUCCUGCGCGGAUGCUUCGACCGAAUUAUCAGCUAUUUCAUCACUUCUUUCCAAACUUUCAACUCCUCAAUUCAAGACAUCCUCGUGGACCUUCACAGCUGGAUAUUUCAAUCCAAUUCCAAAAUUAACCAGCUUACUCCUUGCUACGGCUUCGACAAAUAAUAACAUUAUUACUGCUUCUCCCUGGGCAAAUGGAUUCUAUGGUUCCAAGGGUAUUUCUGGGCUACUGCCGCCUGCCUACACGUUACUUUUAUCACGCUUCUUGAAAGAAAUCAUUCGAAAAAGAAGAAAAGACGAUAUAUCUCUAAAGGAAUGGCGACGUGGAACAGCAGGACAACCAGAUGGAUGGACAUAUCACGCCAAAGGCCUUUGGAUCUCUCUUUCACCCAAGACAGAGCAGGGCAGAUUAGAUGUUAACAUAAGUGUGAUUGGAAGCAGUAACUUUACACAACGAAGUUACUGCCUUGACCUCGAGGCAGGGGUAGUAAUUGUCACAAGUAACAAGGACCUAAUGGCGCGAUUGGGGAAAGAGCGAGAUAACCUAAGCGAACAUGCUGGAGAGAUUGGUUCAGAAGAGUUUAAGAAAGUGGAACGUAAGGUUAAGUUAAAAGUGCGCCUUGCUAUGUGGAUCGUCAAAUUAGCUGGUGGAGCUCUGUAA